CCUCGCUGUUCUCAAGGCGGGUUAAUUAGCCCUAGAAACUUUAUAUUCAUUUUCUGCAUAUGCCGCCGAAGGAUCCGUGCCAGAAGCAAGCCUGUGAGAUACAGAAAUGUUUACAAGCCAACAACUACGUGGAAUCAAAGUGUCGGUCUGUCAUCCAAGAACUGCGUAAGUGUUGUGCUCAGUAUACGAAGGGAAGGUCUGUCGUCUGUUCAGGAUUUGAAAAAGAAGAGGAAGAAAACCUAACACUGAAGUCUGCAUCGAAGUCAAGCUCUGCUGAAGUGCUGCUCCAUGUUUCCACAGAAUGA